UGAAUGGGCGGAGACUAGCGGCUGGAUUCGCAACUAUAGAGACUGAUUAACACACAUUUGCUAGGGGAAAAACUAUUCUAGUAAACUGAAAUUAUAUUCUACAUUUACACCGAACUUCUACUUUCAACUAAUUUUGACAGGCAAUUAUUGCACAAAAAUAAGGGCUCAUAACCAUUUGAAAAGUAAUGGAAAACAAUAACCAAUGGUGUCAGUUAUGAGUGAUCCCCGGACAUCAUGGUAAACUGGCUCUGCAUAACUACUUGCAAAAAUCACAGCUUUUGACUCCUUAAACCCAACAUUGAAAAAUAUUGUUUCGCUCCUGCUGUGCGGAAUUCUUCAGAAGGACAAUGAAUUGUAAUGUUUGUUUGGAGGUCGCGUUUACAUUAUGAGGCCGAUUAGCUUUGCUGGAGUUCAAAUGGACAAAGAGAGUGGUUCACUAGUCUUCACCGACCGAGCAGACAGAACCUGGAUCUAAAGUGAGGUUCGACUGCCGACUUCAGUGCCAUAACUUCACAAACAUAGACUUUUGAAUAUCGGACCCACUGCGAGGAAAUUAUGUGGCGCCCAUGGCAGUUGGUGUACCGUACAGCCUUUGGCUGCAUGGUUCUGGAAAUAUUUAUUCACAAUGUUGCACAAGGACUCAAUGUUUGUAUGAGUGGCAGCGCGACAUCCUGUGAAGAAUGCCUCCUCAUCUCUCCGAGCUGCGCCUGGUGCGCGCAAGAGGAGUUUGGCAGGGCGAGGACCCUGACGUCGCGAUGUGACCUGAGUCAGAACCUACAGAAGAGAGGCUGUGAGGCCCAUAACAUAGAGAGUCCUAGUAGCACAACCAUGGUAGUGAAGAGCGAACCCCUCAGCUCCAAAGGCUCCGGGCCUACCCAGUAUGAUGUUAUCCAGAUCAUGCCCCAGAAGAUCUCCCUGAGUCUUAGACCAGGUGACCAGACAUCAUUCGAAGUGCAGGUGCGUCAGGUGGAGGACUACCCUGUUGACCUGUACUACCUGAUGGACCUGUCUCUGUCCAUGAAGGAUGACCUGGACACCAUCAGGAACCUGGGCACCAAGCUGGCUGACGAGAUGAGGAAACUCACCUCAAACUUCAGACUGGGCUUUGGCUCCUUCGUGGACAAGAACAUGUCACCAUUCUCUUACACGGCCACCAAGUACCAGGACAACCCCUGCAAUGGAUACAAGCUGUUCCCCAACUGUGUCCCUUCUUUCGGGUUCCGCCACCUCCUCUCCCUGACUGACAAGGUGGAUCGUUUCAACGAGGAGGUGCAGAAACAGAUGGUGUCUCGCAACAGGGACGCUCCGGAGGGAGGCUUCGACGCCAUCCUACAGGCUGCCGUCUGUAAGGAGAGGAUAGGUUGGAGGAAGGAGGCCUUCCACCUGCUGGUGUUUGCCACAGAUGAUGUGCCUCACCUGGCCCUGGACGGUAAACUGGGAGGUCUGGUCCAGCCCCAUGAUGGGGAGUGCCACAUGAAUGAGAAGAACGAAUACAGCAGCUCCACCAAGAUGGACUAUCCCUCUCUGGCCCUAUUGGGAGAGAAGCUGGCGGAGAACAACAUCUAUCUCAUCUUCGCUGUGACUAAAAGGCUCUAUGUCAUUUACAAGAAUUUCACAGCACUGAUACCUGGAACUACAGUGGAGAUUCUGGAUCAGGACUCCAAGAACAUCAUCCAACUCAUUGUUAACGCCUACAAUAACAUCCGGUCCAAAGUGGAGCUGACUGUGUGGGAUCAACCUGAAGACCUCAGUCUGUCCUUCACGGCCACCUGUCAGGACGGACAGCCCCUACCAGGCCUCAGGAAGUGUGCCGACCUCAAGAUCGGAGACACGGUGUCCUUCAACGUGAGUGUGGACGCUAGGAGCUGCCCCGCCCCUGGCACCCAGCAGAGAUUCACCAUCAAACCUGUGGGCUUCAAGGAUCGUCUGGAGGUGUCAGUGGACUACCGCUGUGACUGUGGCUGCACCGACUGGACCCAGGCUAACAGUAGCCGCUGCAGCUCCAUCGGACAGUACACCUGUGGUACCUGCCGCUGUGACCCGGGCUACCUGGGUGCCCGCUGUGAGUGCCAGGAGGGCGAGGCUGGCAGCAAGUACCUGAGCGCCUGUAGAGAGGAGGAGGGGAAGCAGAUCUGUGGUGGGAGAGGGGAGUGCAGCUGUAACCAGUGCCUCUGCUACGAGUCAGAGUUCGGGAAGAUCUACGGGACCUUCUGCGAGUGUGACGACUUCUCCUGCGCCCGACACAAGGGCAUCCUCUGCUCAGGUCACGGAGAGUGCCACUGUGGRGAGUGUAAGUGCCAUGCGGGCUAUAUCGGGGACAACUGUAACUGUUCCAUGGACACGUCUUCCUGUGUGUCUGAUGACGGGAAGAUCUGUAGUGGGCGAGGCAGCUGUGCGUGCGGGCACUGCCAGUGUACAGAACCAGGGGCCUUCGGGGACACCUGCGAGAAAUGCCCCACCUGCCCCGAUGCCUGUGGCACCAAAAGGGAAUGCAUCGAGUGCCGGCUUUUCGACUCCGGAAGACUGUCCGACAACCAGACCUGCCAGCGGCUAUGCAAGGACGAGAUCAUCACUGUGGAAACGCUUAAAACGGAAGACCCAAACGCUGUCCUUUGCUUGUACAAGACGGAGAACGAGUGUGUGAUGAAGUUCAUGUACUCUGAACACGCCAAUGGCAUGUCAGUCCUCACCGCGCUCAAAGAGCCAGAGUGUGGCGCAGCGCCGGAUGCCUUGACGGUCCUCCUGGCGGUGGUGGGCAGUAUCCUGCUGGUGGGCAUUGUGCUGCUAGCCAUCUGGAAGCUGGUCAUCACCGUGCACGACCGGCGGGAGUUUGCCCGCUUCCAGAGCGCCCGCUGCCGCGCACGUUACGAGAUGGCCUCCAACCCCGUCUACAAGCAGCACAUCUCCAGCCACCCAAUAGAGACAGACUUCAUUAUGUAUGGCAAGUCUUACAACGGAGCAGCCCACUGACCACCUCCCCAUGGGGGUGUUGGUGGGGCGGGGGCACGGCAGGACCGGUCCAAGUAGAGAACCAGGAGGGGUGGGAAAUGAUUAAAUAAACUUAACCAUCUAUCUGAUCUGCCAAGGACUUAUGACAAACAGAAGUAAAAGUAGUAGUCUGGAUUGUUUCUGGGGACUGUGGCCUUACUUUUUUCUCUCUCUGACUGAGGAGAAACAAAGUGACCAACUGCCAUGAAGUAAUGAGAUAUGACUUAAAGCUCUAGGCUGCUCUGUAUGAUUUACUGAUGUCAGUAGAAUACAGCCCAGAGGACAAGCAACAACAUUCUCCUGGUCUGGAAAUUGUUUAGAGGACAGAGACAAUAAUCUGUGAUCCUCUGCGUCAUCUCUCUAGCUAACAAGCGGAUGUUAUAUAAGCAGAAUGAACUAUGUAGACAGAACAAUGAAACCCUAUCUGUCACUGACAAUUUGUGUUAAAUUGCCAACCUCACAUCACAAACCAGGGUUUCUCAAACUCUGUCCUCAGUACCCCAAAGGGUGCAGAUGUUUGUUUUUUGCCCUAGCACUACACAGCUGAUUCAAAUAAUCAACUAAUCAUCAAGCUCUGAUCAUUCGAAUCAGCUGUGUAGUGUUAAGGAAAAAUACUAAAUGUGCACCACUUGGGGUUCCGAGGACCGAAUUUGGGAAACGCUGUCAUAAACUAUAACAUCUCCUUCACAUAAACAGCAAUAUUCAUUGUACAGACAGCCAAGGCAUCGACUUAUAUUUGUAUGUAUAUUUUUUUUACUCUUAAAAAUGCCUUUCCUGACACUCACUAUGCAUCCUCCUUCAUAACAAAUGGAAAUAUGAAUUAAUGUACAUCAGCAGGAGAUUUUCAGGUUUAUGAGAUAAUAACAUCAAAUUUUUUUGUGGACUUUGGCAUCAUGGUACUAACAUUAAAAGAGCAGUAGUUUUCUUACCCUUGUUUUGCACAAUAGAUUAUAUUAUUAGGAGAGGCUCAAAGUGACUAAGAAUCUCCAUCUAUUCUCAUUGUGUUUGUAUUAUUGUAGUUGUUACACUCCAUAUGCACUUCUUUCUCUAGUCUUGAUCUAUUGUUUGUGCCGUGUCAGCACCUAUUGUCAUUGCCAAACAAAUAGAUACAUUUGGAUACAGCACAAACAGAUCUGGGACCAGGCUACUAUUCAGUAUGACUGGAAUAACCCUGCUCUCUGUCAUGGCUACAUUACUUGCACUGUGAGUGUGGGUGGGCGGAGAGACAGGGAACGUCUCUAAGCUCUGUUGACAUGGGACAUAACUCUCCCUCACCCAUUCCAACAGGAAGAAGCAGGCUAAAACAUGCCACUGGAGUUAUGAAAGGGCUACAGUAUGAGAUGGGAGGGAAGACUUCUCAUUAAAUGUGUUCCAUGGCCUUUUUUGUGAUGGUGAGCUAGGCUUGAGAGUGUGCGAGAGAGAGCGGGAGACGAUGGACGAAAAGAGUGUGCGCACUAACGUUUACGGAUGUGUGUGUGCCAAACGCAAUAAGAAUCCCAUAAAAACAAUCUGCUUACUUGUGUGUCUUGGCACCAUGUGAGGAAAUGCAUUAGCCCUUUCCUGUACAGCAUUGAUAAUUCACCAUUAGAAACCAAUAGAUUUACAACACUACUAUGUGUAUAUGUCAUUCUGCACACAGAGCAGGUAUUCACAAAACAGCAAUAAAUGGAUGACUUAAAAGCAAAUAUAUCCCAUUUAUUUGACUUUUACUCCCAUGGUGACMCUCUUGCAAUAUUUCCCCCACCCUUGUCCAGAAUCCUCCACCUUUUAUUUGUUUUACCUAUGCAUAGUUUCACCUGUACAUAAAUCAUGAAACUAUACUUCCUAGCAGCAGCAUAUUUCCAAAUAACAAAAAUAAACAGCCAGUUUGUUA